ACAUAGAGUUACUCCACCCCAAGCAGGCUCCGGCGUGACAUCCCAGGUAAAGGAACGAUGAGCUGGAACUGUAGCUGCAAAGUGACACUCAGAAGCCAGAAGCUUCUGUAAGGGCCAGGUCCGCACAAGACCCAAGCCAAAGCAAUGGCGUUGUCCCUGGAAGAAUUCAUCCACUCCCUUGACCUCAGGACCCUCCCCAGGGUCCUAGAAAUCCAGUCAGGCUUCUAUUUUGAAGGUUCUAUUUAUGAAAUGUUUGGAGAUGAGUGCUGUUUGUCAACAGGGGAAGUGAUUAAAAUUACUGACCUCAAAAUUAAGAAAAUCAUGGCUGAAAUUUGUGAGCAGGUUGAAGGUUGUGUGUCUCCAAAAUCAUUUGAACUGCCUAUGAAUUUUCCAGGUCUUUUUAAGAUUGUGGCUGAUACAACGCCAUACCUCACUAUGGAAGAGAUUACAAAAGCCAACCAUAUUAGACCAAGUAGACUGAAUCAUCCUUGCUUCUAUCAUCAGAAGGAUAUAAAACUAGAGAAUCUCAUCAUAAAGCAAGGUGAGCGAAUCAUGCUCAACUCAGUGGAAGAGAUCAAUGGAGAAAUAAUGGUAAACUGUGGUGUGCUGAGGAAUCAUCAAAAGCACUCAUUUACUUUGCCUUUGUCACAAGAAGGAGAGUUCUAUGAGUGUGAAGAUGAACAUAUUUAUACCCUAAAGGAAAUUAUCCAAUGGAAGAUCCCCAAGAACAGAACACGAACUGUGAUACUGACAGGUUUUUCAGCGAAGUGGGACUCAACAAACCCAUUCCCUAGAGGCUUUUAUGGCGCUGUGAUUCUCAAGCCUGUUUAUGAAAUUCAAGGUGUGAUGAAAUUCCGAAAGGAUAUAGUCCGUAUCCUCCCCAGUUUAGAUGUUGAAGUCAAAGACAUUACCGACAACUAUGAUGCCAACUGGUUUCUUCAGGUGUUAUCUACACAAGAUCUUUAUGAAAUGACCAAUAAAGAGUUCCCCAUAGUAGCUGAAGUCAUAGAAGCGCCCCAAGGAAACCAGCUACCCAUAAGCAUUUUACAGCCUGGGAAAACCAUUGUGAUCCACAAAAAGUGCCAGGCAUCAAAGAUCUUGGCUUCAGAAAUUAGAAGCAAUUCCCCUAAAAGACACUUCUUGAUCCCCACUAGCUAUAAAGGCAGAUUCAAGCGGCGACCUCGAGAGUUCCCAACCGCCUAUGACCUUGAGAUAGCAAAGAGUGAAAAGGAACCUCUGCAUGUGGUGGCCACCAAAGCCUUUCAUUCCCCCUUUGAGGAGCUGUCAUCUGUAUCUGUCGGGGAUGAGUUUCUAGUGCAUCACUCACAGACAACUGAAGUCCUCUGUGAAGGAAUUAAAAAAGUGAUGGAUGUUCUGGCGUGUGAAAAAAUCCUCAAAAAUUCCCAUAAGGCAGCACUGCUGCCCUUGUACAUGGACGGAGGUUUUGUAGAGGUGAUCCAUGAUAAGAAACUGUACCAAAUUUCUGAGCUUUGUGCACAGUUCCGCCUGCCCUUCAAUGUGAAGGUGUCUGUGAGAGAUCUUUUCAUUGAAAAAGACAUUUUGGCUGCUACACCAGGACUACAGUUGGAGGAAUCUAUCACUAACUCUUAUCUACUCAUAAGUGACUUUGCCAACCCCAAGAAGUGCUGGGAAAUUCCUGUUGGCCGCGUGAAUAUGACCGUUCAGGUAGUUAAUAAUUUUUCUGGGGAUCCAGGAUCACUUCUAGUCAGUACUGUGGUCGAAGAGAUCACUGAAGAACAGUAUUACAUGAUACGGAGAUAUGAAGGCUCUUUCUUGCACCCCCCACCUCGCCCUCCGAAGCAUCCCUCAGGGGAGAAAAUAGAGUUAACUCCGCUGAGCUUAGCAAAAAAAAAGACAGUGAAUCUGCCCAAGUCUCCCAAGAGUGUCCACGUAGACAGAUCCAAGAAACUGUACUUAAAUCAAGUUGGUCUGGACUCAAAAGUACCAGCUGGUUGUCAAAAUGAUUUGGCUGAUCUGGAGAAACAGAAGAGAAAGACUGAGGCAACUGCAGUAACAGAAAUCCUCAAAACUGAAGAACAUCAAAAACAAUGAGAUGUGACUGAAGCCACUUGGUCAGUGAACAUAAAUAUUGCAAUGUAAAACCAAACCCUAGCCUUCUAGCUGAAAAAAAUAGCCCCGAAAGGAGUCCAGGCCAUUGCAAAGGUGAAGACAACAUUAAAAGUUUUUAACAGAUAAAACUUAAAGGGCAACCUAGGGUAUAAAAUUCAUAGUCUAUUUUGUUGUGCCAAAAUCUACAUGUAUUUUUUAUUGUUUCUAGGGACAUGUUUAUUUAAUGUGCACAUUUUUUGUGGUUUCUAUUCCCACUACUGACAAUUAAGCAAUUGGAAAUUACUUUUAUACUUCAGUUUCUUAGUAAAACAAUUUAAAAUAGGAUAAAAGCUCACCAACUAUCUUCACUUUCCUCAGAAUUUGUUUUGCCAUUUUUUAGUGUUAUCAUCACUAUUGUUAAAAACAACAAAAAAUAAUUAUAUGAGAAUGAUCUAAAAUAGCCAGGUUUCUUAUGUGAAUCCCUUGGAGCUGUGGAAAUAAGUUUGACUUUACAUUUUUAUUUAGUUUUAGAAACAUAUAGUGAAAAGUGUGUUAGAGACUUGACAGUCAAAACCACUCUGAGUUACAGGUAGUUCCCAUAACUUUUUCCCCUGUCCCUUAAAAACAGAGUUCAUUACUGCCAUAUCACCAAAGAUCUGAUAAUAUGCUUUAUUAAUUUAUGUACUGUAGACCAGAUAACCCUUUAGAUAAAUGUUUAUUAGGAUUGGAGGAAAGCCAUUUCAGUUAUGUAUCAUUUAUGUAUUAAGUAUACAGAGACAACAUUAUUUUGCCUCUAACAAAAUGAAAUGACAGAGAAUUAUACAGGAAUUAUGCGUGUGUGCUAUUUUGUUCAAUUCUUAUGACCCCAUGGACUAUAGCCCACCAGGCUCCUUUGCCAUGGAAUUUUCCAAGCAAGAAUUUUCUGGGAUGGUUUACCAUUUACUCCUCCAGUGGAUCUUCCUGAUCCAGGGAUCAAACCAUGUAUUGGCAGGUGGGUUCUCUACCACGAGCCACCUAGGAAGCCAUACAGGUAUUAUACAGGAAUUUAAUGGCCUACUUUGGACUUGGUUCAUAGAUUGUGCUGUAUAUAAAAAUAUAGGUAAUCUCAUAUCUCAUAAUUAUUUUAUAUCAUGUAUAGAAAUCAUUUGCUUUUUUAGUACUAGUUUCUGAAGACAAAUCAUGAAACAACUUUUCCACAGGAAAACAAUUACAAUCUUUCAUAAAUGCUUACAUGCUGACUUAGCUUGCUGCUCUGUACCUUAUUUUCUUCCUUUUCAAGUGGAAAUGGACCCUGAUUUCCAGUACCCUAAGGAUUAUUUAGUGAUUUGAUAUGGUACCAUGUUGUUAUUUAUGAUUUCUGAAAUUUUCUGAUGUUUCACUUUAUCUAUUUCCAUUGUUUGUGCCCAUAAAAAGAAGAACUUUUAAAAGAUUAUGUCCCCACGUUUGAUUAUUGAAGUCCACUGAGAAUCCUUUCUCAACAAUUUUGGCAAACUCAUAAAACUCACAGGCCAGUUUGUUAAUUUUCAAAUAAAAAUAAAUAGUAUUUUUAUUUGUUAUAUGAGAACAAUUAUGUCCAUACUUUUAGUAAGUACAAUUCUUUGAUUAGAAAUUCAGGAGAAUGCAUGUCUUAGUUCAGUCAUAAAUCAUCAAGAGCUUUCUAGUGGAAAUCAUAUAUAUCAUUUCUAACAAUGCAAAUCCUUUUUGUACUGUGUUUCUGGCUUUCUUGAAUUUGAAAGACGUAAUAAACUUCAUGCUCAUCUAUGGAAGAUUUUGGGAGAUUGAAAAUAAAGUUUGUUUUGCUUGUGUGUA